UGUGUCUCAGGCAGGCUGUGGGCUCAACAAAUCCCUUCAGCCUUGUGAAUCCUCUCUGCAAACACACAUUUCUGACUCUUGUUGCAGACUUUGUGGAGAGAGCAAACCAAUGGAAGAAUGUAUGGAGUGUUUCACUUCUUCUGACUUUGCCAAUCUUUUAGAGAAAGGAAGUCUUUUGUUGAAAGCAACAUUAUACUAGCAACUAAAUAUUUGGAAUCUUCAGACACGGAGGUAAACAUGCCUACUGAACUGUGCUUUGAUCAUUCUGAGGUCUCUGGACAAGGAGAUCCAAAAAAGGAAAGACAGUCUUUGGAACAUGCAACUGAUUUGUGCACUGAACAGGAAUUGCCUAUUGACUACUCUGUGCACCAAAAGGCCAUCGGGCUGAACAAAACAGAUGGACUUUGCAUUGAAAAUAGUCAAAUCGAUGGUGAAUUUUCAGAUCAGCAUGAUCAGGCUGGUUCAUCUGGAUACAGUUUUUUGUUGGACAGCUGCUCUGAGCACAGUGAGUCUUUUGAAAUAAGGAUUUCGGUUGACUUAGUUGAAAUGAGCCAACAAGAUGAUCUAAGCAUUGCUUUUGAACAAAGUGAUCAGAGUGAGGUUUCUGAACAUGAUGCUGAAGAGUUAACUUUAUCUGAAAUGAGCUCAGAUGAGUUAACUUUAUCUGAGAUGAGCACAGAUCCUUGUGAGUCUUUUCAACAAGAUUAUCCUGAGCAGUUCAUUUUAUCUGAUAUGAGCCCAGAUUCUUGUGAGUCAUUUCAACAAGAUGAUCCUGAACAGUUAACUUUAUCUGAGACGAUCCCAGAGCUUGGUGAGUUGUUUCAACAAGAUGAUCCUGAACAGUUAACUUUAUCUGAGACAAAUUCAGAUCUUUGUGAUUCUUUUCAACAAGAUGAUCCUGAACAGUUCAUCUUAUCUGAUAUGAGCCCAGAUUCUUGUGAGUCAUUUCAACAAGAUGAUCCUGAACAGUUAACUUUAUCUGAGACAAAUUCAGAUCUUUGUGAUUCUUUUCAACAAGAUGAUCCUGAACAGUUAACUUUAUCUGAGACAAAUCCAGAUCUUUGUGAUUCUUUUCAACAAGUUCUUCUUGAGUCCUCACAAUUUGAUCCAUCAGAUCAAGAAACGCUUUCUGAAUAUGACCCAGAUUAUCAGGAAUCCACAGAACAGGACAGUGGUUCUGAAGAAGAGGAUACCACUCUGCUAUCUGAGUUAUACAACUUAUUUGAUCAAAACUUGGUAGUUGAACUAGAUUCUGAAGACCAUAAUACAUCUAAACAGUCUAAGCUUAACAAUCAAAACAAGCUUGCCGAAUGCCAUGCCAUACAUUUUGAAUGCCCUGAACUGUGUCAAGUAUCUAAAGAAAGUAAGCCAUCUGACCACUGUGUGUCCCUUGAGCAAACACGGCUUACUAGGCAAAUGGACACCACUGAUGAGAGAGCUUUGCUAAACAACCCAGAGUGUUUCGUUGAUCUAUUGAAGAGUACUGAUUGUAGCCAGACCUUUAAUGUCCCGACUGAUGGUAAUUCAGAGGGAAGACUGCCAUUUCAUCAAGAAUGUUACCAACUUUCUGAGCACAGUGAAUCGUCUGAAGACUCUACUGUAUGUGUUAACGCUCUAGAACAAUGCACAGGCUGUGGAACAUACUUUGAGAAAUGCAACGUCCAUCAACAAUGCAAUCCUGACCAUUCUGAGAGCCCACAUCAAAGCAAACCUGCUGAAAAAUUCCAUGAAAUAUGUGAUUAUCACACUAACAGGACUGAGGAAAGGAAACCAUCUGAGUGUGAUACCAUGUUUUCUGGAUCAAUGGAAAACUUUGAGUCUCGGUGGCUUUCACAAUUUCUUACCGAUCUUUUGAGACACAAUCAAGAGUCUGAUCAUAGAGAAGAACCUAGUAAGACAAAUGAAGAGUUAGAAACCCCUGAAGUUGGGGCAGAUUUUAAGCCUGAAGUUCAAGCUUUGGAUAACUGUAGGAAGCUCUGUAAAAAGUGUGAAGAACAGGAUAGAGGGGGAUAUCUUAACGAUGAAACUCCUCAAUCUUUUAAGCUCAAAGGAGAUGAGGAUAGCAUUCUUGAACUCCACUCUAACAUGGGUAAUUCCAUGGAAAAAGUCACCAAAGCAGAAGGUUCUUCGGAUGAGUCAAGCGAGGAGGACUAUGCUGACUGCAAUGAUAGCAAAAGCCAAGGCAGUUCUGAAACGGAUGAGUCUUUUAAAAGUUUUGUUGAUGAAUCAGAAUCAUUUGAAAUCUUAGAUCAAGCAUUUGAGAAGGAAAAACAUUUCGGUCUUCUUUCAGAGGAUGAUGAGACCUCUUUUCAGAUUCAACAGUCACAUGAGUAUCCUGAAGAAGGUGAUGACAAGACCUUUGACAUGUAUACUGAGGAAGUCUUGGAUGCUUAUGUGGAAGAACAUGUAAUUGACUCUGAGAAACAAGUCACAGGAAAGAAAAGCAAUAAAACAUAUGCUGAGGCUCUUUAUGAUGGACUCUGCAUUAAACCAGGUCAAAUCGAUGAACCUUGUGCUAAACAAGGUGAGGUCUGUGAAACCCAAGCUUAUAGGCCUAAGAUUAUUGGGGAGAGUUGCACACUGCAUUUUGAGGAAGGAAAGGGCAAUGAACCUUGCCCUAAAAAUGAAGCGGUCAUUGAACACAAUGGUGACAUGCAUGUGCAAGGAUCCUGUUUUGGAGCCAUUGAAGGUCAUGGACUUGAAGCAGUGGUAGAAGAUGCUUUCGAGGAUUUAUCGAGAGAUUCCACAGAGUUCUGUUCUGUAAAGAGCACUUGUCAAGGAAUUUAUGCUUUGGAAUCCCUUUAUAAAGAAAAUACAUUGUUGGAGUAUGAGGUCAGUCAGAACUUAUCUGAACUUUGCAGAUCUGAAAACAAAGAAAUCAUAGAAGAGCCUCAAUCUGUGUUUACGAUCUAUGAAAAUGAGAAUAUCUUUGAUGAAACAGUGGGAGCUUAUGGACCUUAUUGUGGAGAAACUCAAACUACUGAAGAUGAAACAUCCAUGUAUGACUUUGAAGAUGUUGUGGCAUGUGCUGAAGAACCCGAAGAUGGCAAAGACAUGCCUCCUGCUGAUCAACAGAUACUCUCCAUACCAUGUGCUUUAGAGGAACAGUCAAACACAGCAUCGGACAGUCCUGAGAUUUGUGAAUCAGUUUGUCAGCAAGACACAUCAGAGGCCUAUAUUAAGCCAAAAGACACCUCUGAGAUCCCCCAUUCCCAUGGAACAGAUAGUCUGUCAGAGCUAAACAAGCAAAAUGCUAAAUUAGAGCAGCUUAUACAUCAAGUUGCAAGAAGUGAGGCACCUGAACAAUGUGAGCAGGAAGAAUACUUUAACUCUGAUCAGAAAAAGACAGACUCUGAACAGAGUGAUGAGGACAGUGAGGCAUCUGAUGAUGAAGAAUUUUCAGAUAUCUGCGACUGUGAAUUCUGUGUUCCGCCCAUAGAGCAGGUCCCAGCCAAACCACUUCUUCCUCAGAUAAAGUCUAAAGAUGUAGGGAAGAUCUGUGUAGUUAUUGACCUGGAUGAAACACUAGUCCACAGUUCAUUCAAGCCGGUGAACAAUGCUGACUUUAUCAUUCCAGUGGAAAUUGAUGGAACAGUGCACCAGGUGUAUGUGUUGAAGAGACCUCAUGUGGACGAGUUCCUUAAACGGAUGGGGGAACUGUUCGAGUGUGUGUUAUUCACUGCAAGUUUAGCCAAGUAUGCUGAUCCCGUCUCGGACCUGCUGGACAAGUGGGGUGCUUUCCGAAGCCGGCUUUUUCGGGAAUCUUGUGUGUUCCACCGUGGAAACUACGUCAAAGACUUGAGCCGUCUAGGCAGGGAUCUAAACAAAGUCAUCAUUGUAGACAACUCGCCAGCCUCCUACAUCUUCCACCCAGACAAUGCUGUAUGUCUCUGCGGUACCUGUAGCCUCCUGGUUCGAUGACAUGUCUGACACAGAGCUGUUGGAUCUAAUCCCUUUCUUUGAAGGACUCAGUAAAGUGGAUAAUGUCUACACUGUGCUCAAGCAGCAGAGGACUACUAGCUAGCAUGACACUAGGGGCGUCUGUCAGUAUGGGGCCAGGGAGGCUGCUGGGCUCGGAGCACCACACUGCUUCCCACUAACAGGACCAUCCACUAGCUCAGUCCUCAUCACCUACCCAGAAUUCCAUUCACAGGAUGUUUGACAACAGAUUAAGUCAUUGAAUGACAAAACUGUGAAAGACUGCUUUAUCAAAUACAUACAGUUAAUUGAUUGUUUUAACACCUGAAUGGGUGACUAUAACAAAACCAUGUCCAGCACACAUUUUUUCCCCAAAAUCAAAAUAAAGAAAUAAGAUUUAUUUUUUUAGGAUUUUUUGCAUUAUGAAAUUAUUUUCCUGACAAUGUAUGCUGAUUUAUAAUACAAUAAUUACUGUAUGACAGUAUUGAGGAUUUAAUUAGAAUAACUAUUGGAAAUUAUAGCAAUUAGAGUGCAAAAGUAAAAUCAAAAGUAGAAGAAUUUUGCAGGGAAAUGUGUCUUGAAAAUAAUGUUACAAUGCAAAAAAUGUAUAAUGGUUCUAAAAUAUGGUAAAUUUCCUUUAUGCAAAAAUCUACUAUCUUAUUAUUUUUUCUUUUUUUAAUUGGGGUGAAAUGUGAUCUGGACAAUGUUUCUUGAGAUUUUUUGCAUUAUGUUUUAUUCCUUCUUUAAUUUUCAAGGUUGAGGGAAGCCCUGUUAAAAUGAACAGGUGGUUUAUUGUCCUCUUUGGUUAGUGAUUUGUGAAGAUCUGUUUUCAUUUUAACUUCCUCUUCUUGAGUUUAUGUCUUCGGUUAAGCUUCCCUCAUUCCCUGCGUUAAAUGAGUUUACCUCAAUUGCUCAAGUCGGGACAAAGCAGUGAAUGGCAAUCACAUGGAAUACUAUGCUGUCUCUUUUAUCUUGCCAAAAUGUAAAGUUUAUUGGACUUUGAAGCAAGCAUUCAUUAAUUGUUUUAUUUGUAUUUAUUUUUUUGGCCUUCUCCAUUUUUCAUUUUCAAAUCAGGCCUGAAAAAAGUGUCAUGGUACAAUCAGCCAGCUUUUCAAAUUCAAGUUUUACAAAUCAGAUAUGAGAAAGCUAAAUUGGCUUUGUAUCUGUUGUGUUGUGAGGCCUAAUUUCACUCAGAAUUUUAAGGUAAUACACCUCUCGAAUCACACAUAGUGUGCUUUAUUUUGUCUACUGUGAGGUCCUUCAACGUGGCCUUAAAAUGACUGUAGCUAAAUUUUGUCGGACAAUGUCAAAGUGGUCUUAUUUACACAAUCAGUUUGUCUGAUACUGUAUAGUUUAAAAUUCAUAACAGUAUGCCAUGUGUGUGUUUAUAUUAAUCACAAGAAGUAAAGAAUACUGGAAUCAAACCCUCAGUGGAAGCAGAUAUUCAACUUAAUGCCUUAACUCUCCAUUAGAUCACUAAACAAUCAGAUGGGCAAACUUUGGUUUAUUAAGAAACUAAUUUCGCCUUGGAUUAGGCAUGCAGCACAGUGGACUGGAGAGCCCUUGUUAACGUGCAGUUGACUUGCCUUGUUGUUAGUGGUGCCAUUUAAUAUGGAUGUUUUUACUCAUGGGGAUCGUAUACUUGCUCAGCUCGAUCAGAGUUGAUUGUUUUGCAAGUGCCAAUGUUGAUGAGAGACGUAGUGGUGAUGAUGUACUUGUGUGCCAGAGAGAGUGGAAAGACAAUGUUAUGGUUUUUAAUACUGCCGUUUUGUCCAUUUUCAGUGUUUGACUUUUGAAAUAGAUGUGCUGAUGGCAAAACGCAUGCCAUAUUUCUAUAAUUGUGAUAUUAAUGAAAAAUAGUGCUAUGCCAUGGAGAGAGAGAAAAAAAAAAGAUUUUGUUAUCCAUAAAGGUUUAAAGAGCAACUUGAGUCAUAUUUGAUUGUAAUUCUUGAAUGUACAGUGAGAUGGUUGUUUAUUGUUAAGUUAUUUUGAUCAUCUUUGAAACUCUUCAAUGAAUGCCUUAGAGUUAAACAAGUUAAGAUUUAAGACGGUCUUAUAAUGUACUAAUCAGAAAAAAGAAAUGUGAAAUGUUAAAAGAGAAGAAAAGAAAAUUCCUCUCUAAUUUCAUGAAAAUUUCAUCUCCAGCCUGCAUGUAUGGGGUACAUGCAGUAGGUACAAGGAGUUCUGCAUUUGAGCAGGUGAAUCUGAAGAUGCAGUGGAAUGUAUGUUACUGAAUCGCAUGUCUGGCUUGGUACAUUCUCUGAGGUCUGCUGGCUCCAGGACAAUUUUAGC